AUGGCGGACAUGACUGAGGAACCAAAGCCCAUUGCCGCCAAUAUGAGCCCGGUCAGCGAUGACGACGGGGUGCCCCGUGAAAGCAUCUUUGUUCGCUUCGUGGAUGGUUUCCGCCGCGACCCCAAUGCUCAGAUAACCAAAAAAGAGGAGCUGUCCAGUCAGGACAAGCAAUAUAACUUGGAAGCGGCCGUUUCCAACACUGCAUCCUCUCCACUGCAACGUAAACUGAGAGGUCGGCAUUUGCAGAUGAUAGCCAUCGGAGGAUCGAUUGGUACUGGAUUAUUCGUCGGCUCGGGGAAAGCUCUUGCAGAUGGCGGAGCUGCUUCCGUCUUAAUCGCGUUCAUCCUUGUAGGGGUCAUGCUAUAUUCCACAGUUCAUGCAUUGGGCGAAAUGGCCGUGCUCUUCCCCGUUGCUGGUUCCUUCUCUACCUUUUCCACCCGCUUUAUCGAUCCAGCUUGGGGAUUCGCCAUGGGCUGGAACUACACUUUACAGUGGAUUAUAGUGCUCCCCCUGGAAAUUGUAGCUGCUGCCAUAACUGUCAACUACUGGCACUCCCCGGUUUCUCCUGCAGUCUGGGUCACCAUAUUUUAUUUGCUAAUAGUCACCAUAAAUAUGUUUGGUGUUCGUGGGUAUGGGGAGGCUGAAUUCGUAUUCUCUCUCAUUAAAGUUAUUGCAAUCAUCGGAUUUAUCAUAUUGGGAGUCAUUCUAAACGUGGGCGGCGGGCCAAAUGGCGAGUACAUCGGUGGUAGAUACUGGCGUAACCCAGGGGCAUUUCAUAACGGAUUCAAGGGACUUUGCAGCGUCUUUGUUACUGCUGCCUUCGCCUUCGCCGGAACCGAAAUGGUGGGUUUGGCGGCUGCAGAAACCGCUAACCCACGAAAGACAAUACCGACAGCCGUUAAGCAAGUCUUCUGGCGGAUAACCCUAUUCUAUAUCGUGUCUUUGACCAUAAUCGGACUGCUUGUCCCAUACAAUGAUGUACGAUUGGUUACUGGCAAAUCCAGUUACGAUGCGAACGCGUCCCCUUUUGUGAUCGCGAUACGAGACGCUGGGAUCCAAGGGCUCGAUUCAGUCAUGAAUGUUGUUAUCAUGAUUGCCGUGCUUUCCGUUGGAAACUCCUCAAUAUACGGCUCUUCACGUACCCUUGCAGCCCUAGCUGAACAGGGCCAGGCGCCUCACUUUCUCACCUACAUCGAUCGCCGUGGUCGUCCACUCGCUGCGAUUGGCAUUUCCUCCGCCGUUGGGUUACUUGGGUACCUCGCUGUUGCGAAGGAAAAGCAAGGCACGGUAUUCGCAUGGAUGCUUGCGAUUUCUGCACUAUCCUCCAUUUUCACAUGGUCAUCAGUUUGCUUUGCCCAUAUCCGGUUUCGUCAGGGUUGGAAGGUCCAGGGACGCAGUCUCGACGAGAUACCUUACCGUUCUCAGCCUGGGGUAGUCGGUUCAUACAUCGGCCUGGCACUCAACUUGCUUGUCCUCUUGGCGCAAUUAUGGGUCGCGGUUGCCCCUGUUGGUUUCGGCGAGAUGACGGCCCAAGAGCGAGUCAAGAACGUGUUUGAGCUCUACGUGGCCGUGCCAAUUAUUAUCUCCUUCUACAUUCCGUACAAGCUCUUGUAUCGUACUAAGUUUGUUCGCGCUAGGGACAUGGAUCUCGACACGGGCAGGCGCGACCUCAGUAUCGCGCACCUGAUCGCGGAGGAACGUGCUGAGCGUUCCCAAUGGCCGAAAUGGAAGAAGGUCUACAAAAUAUUCUGCUGA